AAUAGAUUGUACAUAAAUAGGAACAGAGUCAAUAUCUACCUGGUAGGGUUCGAUCUGGACGAUAUAAUAACAGAUAUGAUAUAAUUCUCAUUCAUAUAUAUUAAUAUUUGGACUUUCCCUUCGAGAAAGCCAGUAUCUGAUCUAGGGGGUACUCUACUCACACUCCACACUCACCCCUAUCAUGGCCCCUAUCAUGGCUUCACUUACCAUCUCCGACUUCUAUACAUCAGCUAUAGUUACUUUACUAACAGCGUUAUUCUUCCAAUAUGUGGUAUAUCCGACCAUAAUAUCACCUCUCUCAAAAAUCCCAACCGCUCACUGGUCCUGCUCUAUCUCACCAGCGUGGAUUCUAUGGGCUCGCUUCAAGAGCCGUGAAAACCGAACUCUCCACGCCGCCCACAAACAGCACGGGCCCGUCGUGCGAGUCGGUCCCAACGAGCUCAGCGUUAACAGCAUCGAGGAUGUGAAGACCAUCUACCAGGGCGGUUUCGACAAGCACCAGUGGUACUCAGUCUUCAACAACUACGGUGUCCCCUGCACAUUCUCCUCCCUCCCCUCCAAAACCCACUCCCUGCGCAAACGCAUGGUCUCGCACGUGUACUCCAAAUCCCACAUCCACACCUCUUCAGCCCUACGCUCGCAAGCCCGCGCCAUCCUAAACACACGCUUGCUCCCGCUCCUCCGCUCCUCAACCCGCGCUUCCCAAACCCCGCACGGCGUAGACGUGCACUCGCUCUUCUGCGCCGCGGCCAUGGACUUCGUGUCCGCGUACUGCUUCGGGCUCGCGCGCAGCGCGGACUUCGUGCGGCGGCGCCCCGAGCGCGAGCACUGGCUCGCUCUGUACGCCGUGCGCAAGGGCCACGGCUUCUUCGCGCAGGAACUGCCUAAGCUCUCGCGCGCCCUCGCUAGCCUCGGCCUCGACCCCACGCCGUCUUGGGUCCGCGCCGCGAACCGCGAGCUCGAGGCCUGGUGCAAGGAGCGCAGCGACGCCGCGAUCCGGGUCGUGGACCGCGAAAAGCAAGGCGCGGGCGAUGAAAGCGCGGUGGUGUUGGACACGGAAGACGAUCCUGUCGUCGUGCGCGCGCUCCUCGCGGGCAUCGAGAAGGAAGCUGAGACCCAUGGCGCGGAGUCCCUGCUCUACGGUACGACGAUCCGGCAGCGCGAACUCAGCGUCGCGUCCGAGAUCUUCGACCACGUGCUCGCCGGGCAGGAGACCACGGGCGUCGCGCUGACGUACCUCUCGUACCACCUUUCGCAGUCGCUCGACCUGCAGCGCGAGUUGCGGCGGGAACUGCUGACGCUGAAGCCUAGCAUGCGGUACAUGGAUGGAGAUGGAUAUGGGGACACGGGUGUUAGGAUCGAAAUGCCGGACUCGAGACAGCUGGACAGCUUGCCCGUACUGCACGCUAUGAUCACGGAGACGGUCCGGCGAUACGCGCCAGCAGGCGGGCCGGAGCCGCGUGUGACGCCGUACUCCUCGUCCUGUCGUAUAGGACCCUACGAAGUCCCCGGCGGCGUACGAGUCUCCGCCUCGGUGUAUAACGUACACCGCAACGAAACCGUAUUCCCGGACCCCGAAAAAUGGGAUCACACACGAUGGCUGCGCCACCAAGAUGCUGACUCUAGCGGGGACGAGGGGAAGAGCGAUUUAAACCGACAUUUCUGGGGCUUCUCAAGCGGUGGACGAAUGUGUCUGGGGUCGAACUUUGCCAUGCAUGACAUGAAACUUAUAAUUGCGGCCAUAUACUCUAAUUACACCACUCACAUCGUCGACGACGAGGGCAUAGAACCUACCGACGCGUAUACGGGGCACCCGAAGAGUAACUCACUGUAUCUCCGCUUCGAGAGGGUUGUGGAGGACUAACGAACGCAUUUACCAUUUGAUUGUAUAUAGUGAUGUGAUUUGACCGGAGCAUUAUAGUUAUAAGCAUUACUUAUGCAGUAGGUAGCCAUGUUAUAUAUCUAAUGAGAAAAGUAUAUGUUGUUACGAAAUAUUUUUGGGGUUGUUCGGAGCACAUU